AUGGGGCGGCCGAGCAAAAGCAAGAACCAGAAGAAGGAGCGGGCGGCGGCGCUGCAAAACGCCCAGCAGGAAUUCGGCACCGUCCCCCACUCCUUCGUCUUCCACCGCGGCCGCGUCGGCAAGAACGUGCGGCAGCUCGUCGCCGACGUGCGGAAGGUGAUGGAGCCCUACACCGCCAGAGCUCUCAAGGUACGGAAGAACAACUCCCUGAAGGAUUUCGUGGCCGUGGCCGGGCCCCUGGGGGUGACGCAUUUCUUGGUCUUCAGUAAAUCGUCCUCCAGCAUCAAUUUUAAACUUUUCCGGCUGCCCGGCGGCCCGACACUGACGUUCAAAGUGAUGCAGUACUCGCUGAUCAAGGACGUGGUCUCGUCCCUCAAACGGCACCGCAUGCACGAGCAGCAGUUCACCCACCACCCGCUGCUGGUCCUCAGCAAUUUCGGUCUCCAGCAGAUUCAGAUCAAACUGAUGGCCAGCAUGUUCCAGAACAUGUUCCCCUCCAUCAACGUCCACAGGGUCAACCUCAACAGCAUCAAGAGAUGUUUGCUCGUCAGCUACGACACGGAGACGCAGCUCCUCGAUUUCCGGCAUUACAGCGUGAAGGUCGUGCCCGUGGGCGUGAGCAAAGGCCUGAAGAAGCUGCUGCAGGAGAAGUUCCCCAACAUGAGUCGCCUGGAAGACAUCAGCGAGCUGCUGGUGAAGGACGUAAACCUGUCAGAGAGCGAGGCCGAGCAGGACGGGACCCACAACGUCCUGGAGCUGCCGCAGGCGUACGCCGGCCGAGGCAACAUGAAAGCCCAGCAGAGCGCCGUGCGCCUCACCGAGAUCGGACCCCGCAUGACUCUGCAGCUCAUCAAGGUGGAGGAGGGCUUGGCGCAGGGCAACGUGCUCUACCACGGCUUCAUCCACAAAAUGGAGGCGGAGGUGAAGGAGAUCCUGGCGCGGAAGGAGGCGAAGCUGCGGCUGAAGGCGGAGCGGCGGCAGAAGCAGGAGGCAGACGUGGAGCGGAAGCGGCGGCAGCGUGAGGCUCACAGGUGAGGGCAGCGCGGCAGCGGCAGAGUCCGGCAGCGGCGGAGUCCGGCAGAGGUUGACACCGAUGGUGGCACCGCAGGGAGAAGAGCUUGGCGGGGAUCCGGAGGAAACGAGCAAGAUGGCGACAGCGACGCCGAGGAUCCCGGUGCGCCGGAGCAGCAGGAUGCGGCCGAGGAGUCGGAGGAGAGCGAUGCCGAGUAUUACCGGCAGGAGGUGGGCGAGGAGCCGGACAAAGAUCUCUUCCCCGACCGCACCAAGAGGAAGCGAAGCUCCUCGGGUGCUGCCCCGCUACGGAAACGACGACGGCACAGCCGCCCAGAGCAUCCUGCCACCCCCAGCCCUCGCCCCACGGCGCCGGGGAAGCGGCGGAAGGAAGACUCGGCGCCGAGGGAUGCGCAGCACCGCGGUGAGGCUAGGCAGGGGGUGGCCGGACGAAAACCGCACCGAGGAACCGAGCACCCAGCCCGGGAGGGGACCGGUCGCGGCUGCGGCCGUGCCACCUCAAAGCCAAAGGCACGAGGGAAGCUGCUGACAAAGGGGAAGACGAUUUUUCGGCGGCCCGGCUCUUCUUGCCCACGCCAUCCCCAAAACGGGGGGCAGGCCCUGAUCCUGCGGUGGCCCCGUGACCGCCACCGAGGAGGGGGGGGACACAGGAGAGAGGCCAACGCGGACCCCGAGGCGGACGGGCCUCGUGGCCGUGCUCUGCCUCUUCGCUGCCUGCAACCUAAACCUGCGCCCCUGCCUGCAACCACCAAAAAGAGGAGGGGGCUGGAGGGGAGCAGACAGACACACAACCCCGGGAGGAAUCCCCCCCCCGAGAUGGCCGCCCACCUCGGGCACUGCGGUAACUUCAGCAGCUUCCAGGAAUCGCUGUGGCCGGUGUUAGUGGCGCAAUUCCCGCCGGCGUUGGUGGGUAACGGCUUGGCCGUCUACCGUUUUGCCACCCGCGAGCGUUCCUGGCACAGCGGCAUCAUCUACUCCUUCCACCUAGCCGUCAGCGGGAUGCUCUACUCCCUCUCGCUGCCGUUUCUGGCGGCGUAUUACUACCCGCCCAAGGACUGGCGCUACGGCCCGGCGCUCUGCAAGUUGGAACGUUUCCUUUUCAACUGCAACCUCUACGGCGGCAUCUUCUUCGUCACCUGCAUCAGCCUCAACCGUUACCUCGGCAUCGUUUACCCGCUACGGGUCCACGGGCGGCUGCAGCCACGCCACGCCAAGGCGCUGAGCGCGGUCGUUUGGGUGUCGGCCGGGGUGCUCUCGGCACCCGCUUUUUUUUUUUCGGAGCUGCAAGAAGCGGAGGGUGCGAUUGAGUGUUUGGGGAGCGCGACCCCGCAGCGGCUGUGGGGUUUUUAUCCCUACAGCUUGCUGCUGGCCGGGCUGGGCUGCGGGCUGCCCUUCCUGCUCACCGCCUUCUGCUACGCCGCCAUUAUCCGUACCGUUUUCCGUAAUCCUCACCUCAGCCGAGUGGAAAAGCGGAAAGUGGGAAUGCUAGUGGGGGCGGGAGUGACUCUUUACGCUUUUUCCUACCUGCCCUACCACGUUUUUCGUAACCUUAACCUGUGGCGUCGCCUGCUGCGACCGGGCACGGAGGACUGUGCCGUUUCCAGAGCCAUCCACGCCACCGCUCAGGUCUGCAAGAUCCUCGUUAACCUCAACAUCUGCCUGCAGCCGCUGCUCUACGCCGCCCUGGCCGACAGCAUGCAGAGCUGCUGCGGUGCCGCCUGCGGCACCGGCGCUGCCGUCGAGGAGCGGGCUGAGCGCGUGGAGCUGCGGCCGGUAGCCUAGGAGCCCCCCCGGGGUGGCCCAAGGUGGCUGGCGCAGCCGGUACGGGGCUCAGCGUGGCCCUUGGGCACGCGUUUCCCUCCCGGAAAGGGGGGCAGUAACGUGGGAAUAGCGGGAUUAAA